AGGAAGCUGCUGUGGAAGAAAAGAGCGCCCCAGUUCAAAACGGAGACGUUAGGGAGGCGAAAAAGUUUAUGUGUAAGACUUUAAGCUCACCCAAAACCACAGGAAGAAGUUCCCGCAGACACCGUCUGCAUUACUUUUAUUAAACUCAAAACAUAAUUCGAGAGUUUUGUGAAGGAAUCGUCGACGCCAUGUUUUUGUGAUUCCGCUGAACUCGGAGCUCUGAGCUUCUCCUCCUACCGCUGUAGUUCAUGCUCGGACAGGAGGAUCCUGGCCCACUUCUGAUCCGACGGCGUCUUCUGUGUCGUGGCGACGAUGAGCUUCUCUCCAGAUGUGUUUGGGCGUCCGGGCGGCUGCAGCAUCCAGGAGCAGAGGGAGCGCUGGCAGAGGAAACGCUGCAGGACAGCCAAAGAACUGGUCCAGACAGAGCAGCGCUACUGCCAGCAGCUCCAGCUUGUAACCACGUUCUUUGUGGAGAUCUUGAAGGCCAAAGGAACCCUGAAGCAGAACGUCAGAGAAGCGAUCUUCAGUUCUAUUAAAGACAUUCACUCAGCAAACCAAUCCCUGCUUGUCCAUUUGGAGAAUGGAUACUUUGGAAAGGGCUUGGCUCAGUUCUGCUCUCAUUUGCAUCACUACACUGUCUAUGCGGACAACAUUUUCAAUGCCAAGAAAGUGCUUGUGGUUCAGCUGAAGAAGAACAAGGCCUUCAGACGCUUCAAGAAGCUGCAGGAAGCUCGGCCAGAGUUCAGCAGCCACAAGCUGGAGGACUUACUUCAGUUACCCAUUGAGCGGAUCCAUCAAUAUAAACAUUUCCUACAGGAUCUGACCGCGAACACGAGUCCAGAUGACCCAGAGUUUGAGCAGCUUUCAAAGGCCUUUCAUGAAGUCAGUAAGGUGUUCCAGCGCAUUGAGGACAAUACAAGGCGCCAUGAGAACCACCUGCAGCUCUGUCGAGUGCAAAAGCUGCUUAAAGGGAAGAAAACCAAAAUCCUGACUGCAGGGAGGUGGUACAUCCGUGAGGGCUGGCUGAACAAGGUUCCCCAAAAAGGUGACGAGGCCAAGCCCAGGAUGUUUUUCCUCUUCUCUGACAUGCUCCUGCAGGCCAAGCGCUGCAGCCCCCUGGAUCUUACCAACGGAGAGAAAUUUGCUGGCCAGCAUGCUUACCCCCUACAGGACUGCAGCGUUGAAAAGGUCUUUGGACACACCAGGAGCAAAGGAGGCCUGCUCAGCUUAACCUUCCCCAAAGCCAAAGUUCUGUUGAUGUCCAACAACCAGGAGGACCUGAAUGACUGGCACCAGAACCUGAGCGCAGCCAUCAGGAAGUUGCAGCCCAAAGCGACCGUGAUCCAUCAGAGGGAGGACGGAUGGGGGGGGCAGCCAUGCAGCAGCGGCAGGAAGAGGCACAUGCCCCUCGCCGACGCCACUGAGCAUGCUCCAACUGUCGCCGAGCAGGACUGCAGCGUGCCGAAGAGGAUGAAAGAGUCUGAUGAGGCAGGAGCGAGUGCAGAAAGCUCCGCCUCCAGCUGUGUGAUCCUCUGAUGGCUCCGUUCAGGUCGGGAUCAGGAGGAGGUGGAGCUGCAGAGCUUCACCUCUGCAGCUAACCGAGGCUCACAUGCAGCUUCUGCAGCUCCACUGAGGAAGACGAUGGAGCAAACGAGAACCUGACCGUCUUUGACACUCGCUUUCUUCUUCGUGGUGGUUUCAUGGCUUUAAUGCGACCUUAAAGGGAUUAUGUAGUCCUGAUAAGGACUCCUUUCUUAUUAACCCAACUCCUUAAACUGCAGGAGAACUGAUCCGUUCUUCCAGACGAAGCAGCAGGAAUGUUCUUCAUCAUUUAUGCUCACUUUAUGGUCUUUAAUGACCUUUAUUUAUCUUCACUUUGACACUUUCAUCUUUACUCCUAAACAUUAUCGUAUACUGUGGGUAUGGUAUGAUCUUUUAGCUUUCUUGUGUUUUUUUAUGAUGUAAAAUGGAAAUUAUAAUUUCCCAAUAAAAAUGCUACAAACAUU